AUGGGCUUUGGACAAAGAUGGAGGAAUUGGAUGAAGGAGUGUGUCAGUACGGCCACUAUGUCUGUCCUGGUUAAUGGGUCACCGUCCAAGCCAUUCAAAAUGGAGAGGGGCCUAAGACAAGGAGAUCCACUUUCUCCUCUUCUCUUUGUUCUUGUGGUCGAUGUAUUGCAUCGGAUGUUGGGGGAAGCCGUACGCAAUGGGCGCAUUGCUCCAUUAUUGGUUGGAAGAGAUCAUAUUGAACUAUCACACCUUCAAUUUGCGGAUGAUACUAUUUUGUUUUGCCCUCCGGAGACAGAGACAAUUAUGAAUUACAAGAGGCUGCUGCGUUGUUUUGAGCUGAUGUCGGGUUUGAGCAUCAAUUUUGAUAAGUCGAGUCUGAUAUCGGUCAAUUGUGAGCAAGAGUGGGUGGAGCGGGGCUGUCGCCUUCUGGGGUGCAAGCAAGCUGUCUUACCUGUUAGGUAUCUUGGGAUCUCUUUAGGGGCCAACCCGCGGUUGGUGAAGACGUGGAAACCUAUCAUUGAUAAAAUGGAAGAGAAGCUCAGCUUAUGGAAAGCGAAGAUCCUAAACAAAGCUGGGAAGUUAGUUCUCAUCAAAUCAGUGUUGAACAGCUUACCAAUCUAUUACCUUAGCCUCUACAAGAUGCCGAAGGCGGUCGCUGACAAGUUGAUUACAUUACAGAGGAGGUUUAUGUGGGGCAAGGAGGAUGGAAACUAUGAUCAGCCUGUACCAGUAAAAGGUGACCCGUGGAAAGACAUCUGUCAGUUGAAUAUAAAAGAACAACAGGUGAAAGAUAAAAUUAUUAGUGGGAUAGCGAUGGAAGUAGGGGAUGGUAGGAAAACUAUGUUUUGGGAAGACAAUUGGAUUCAAGGUGGUCCUUUGAAGUGGCGGAGAGAGUUAUUUCAAUGGGAGUUGGAACUUGUUCAUCAACUUCAUGAGAGGUUAAGGCCAGUGAAGCUAUCAACUGGUAGACAGGAUAAUCUUGUGCUGCAAUCGGAGACUCUUUCACAAGAGAUUACGAGCUAUAACUUCACAAGUGUUAUUUGGAAAGGGUUGGUACCGCCAAGAAUAGAGCUUUUUGGAUGGUUUGUUCUAGUUGGUCGGGUGUGGUGUGCGUGGUUGAGGGGCUUUCGUAGAGAUUGGGCAGUCCCAGGAACCAUUAAAGGUCUAUUUGAGAGUUGGACUAGCAUGCUUAAUAGAAAAGAGGAGAAGAAGAGGUGGCUGAUUGAAUUCUUUGCAGUGAUUUGGAACAUCUGGUUGAAACGCAAUGACAGAAUCUUCAACAAUAGAGAAGCAGGUGUUGAGGUCAUUCAAAGUAGAAUGUUUCUGAGCUACAAGGAGUGGGCUUGUAUUGAUUCUUUUGGUUGUUGA